GCUGCCUCUGCUUCAUCAUCUGAGGAAAAAUCCCCAGAUAAGGCAUAAGGCUUUCAGAGCACAAAAAAUAAAGAGCAAUAGUUAUUUUACAUGAAAAUAGCACCUCAUAAUGAAGCAAUGGAGAAGAUGUGGUCAUUUGAUUAUAUCGGAUGUUUCCGUUUACAUUGUAAAUAUGUCAAAUAGACGGAGCUAAACAAGGUUAAUAAAAUUGUGAGUGUUGGAAGUCUCACUGAAACACUCUCUUCAUGGGCUAACACAGACAUGGCUACAUGGCUUGCACUGUAGAGCUGAUUGCCCCACCCAUCAGGGUGCUCAGUUGCACCCUAUGCCAGACUCAACCUAUCUCCCCAGGUCAAUGAUUAAAAAGUGCCUUUGUGAAGUCACUUUUAUGAAAGAAGAGUGCUACGCCAGUCUGUUUUCAAAAUAUUAUCUCUGCCAGCUAGAUGUUGCCCUGACCAUAUAUGUGGCAGAAGGUACCUCAACUGUCUCUGUUUGCCAAUUUUUGAUGUGAAACUGACUUCAACAUUAAAAAAGCUGAAGAAAAAUUACUGCUAGGACGUGAACAGCUGACUGCAUUGCUUUCCCUGUGUAAUCAAUACCAGCAACCAGCCUACGAAGAAUUAAUAAUCUGUUGAGGAGUGUGCCAUUGCAUUGAAGUAACUUUAGUUAAAACAGUUGUCAGCAUACAGCCAAGAGACUUACACAUUUUACAGCCAGAGAUACCACUGAGCAUGAAUUUUUUGCAGCCAAAAAUCUAUACAUGGGACACAUUGAUUGAUGAGUGACUGCUUGCUGAUAAAUAUUCUUUGCUCAUUCUGCUUUGCACGUUUUGGACUCCAGUAAGCAAUUUAUUUCUUCAUUGCGUCUAGGAGCCGUUUUGUUUUUUUCUCCCUACCCCCAACCUCUCCUUCAACAGUUAUUUUUGGAAUUGGAGUUUGCUUGGCAUAAUUGACUUAACAGUAAAUUACAAAAUCUAAAUCAGUUUUUCAUCAUGGCUUUGAAUGUUGCUCCUGUAAGAGAUACGAAAUGGCUAACGUUGGAAGUUUGCAGACAAUUUCAGAGGGGAACUUGUUCACGUUCUGAUGAAGAAUGCAAAUUUGCACAUCCUCCCAAAAGUUGCCAGGUCGAAAAUGGAAGAGUUAUUGCUUGCUUUGAUUCCUUAAAGGGACGUUGUACGAGGGAGAACUGCAAGUAUCUCCAUCCACCAACACAUUUAAAAACUCAACUAGAAAUUAAUGGCAGAAACAACUUAAUCCAGCAGAAAACUGCAGCAGCAAUGCUUGCCCAGCAGAUGCAGUUCAUGUUUCCGGGAACACCACUUCAGUCAGUGGCUUGCAAGAACUUUGCACAAGAUACCUGCUCAGAUUGUUUCCUAUACCCGACUUGAAGAAGAUGCAUGUUAGUAGGUUGUGUUUUCUUCCAGGCAUGAAGAUUGAUGUGUGCCAAAUGUAAUAGGCAAAAAAACUUACAAUGUGGCAUCUUUACAAGCUUCAGCACUAUCUAUGAAAUCAUAAAGCAUCCUGGGGCACUUCAAAUCCAGAAGGAGAUGCAAAGCAAGAAUUUUACAGGCAUUAA